CAAGUUAGUUGCCAUUUGUAUUUCCCAACGAUCAUUUCCUCUCGUGUCUCUCUCUCUUCCUCUCUCUCUCUCUCUUCUUUUCUUCUGCCUCUUCCUCUCUUUCUUUCUUUCUUUUCUCUUGCCUCCUCUUAUCUCUCUUCUCCCCACCUCUCGUCCUCUUUCCCUCAUCCUUUCUUUCUUCUCCUUUACUUAUUUAAUACUUCCCCGUCUUUCUUGGGUGUGCAAUUCCCUCGACCUUGUUUUGACUUUCCCUCCUCAUAUAGCCUUUUUUUUUUUUAGUUAAUUCACGCGUAUUCUUCUUCUUUUGUACUUAUUCCAGAAAAAGUUUUUUUUCUCUUGACCUGCGUGCUUUUUUUUUUCACAUUUUCUGUUUGCUUUUUUUACCCAUUUUUUUCCUUCAAAAAACCCCUUCUUGAUAUUUUCAUUCGUUCUUUCACACCUCAUUUACUCUAGAAUCUAUCUUAUCACGCUGCUGAAUUCUCGAAAAGCAAGCAAGAGAAUCCUGUCCCACGUGUCUGUCGAUCCCUUCUACAAAGUCACCAACACUCGGCCCUCCCUCGAUCAACGGGUGCUUUUUUCGCCAUUGUCACCUUCCAGUCGUUUCCGAUUCGAGCUCGUCCGCCUUCUUGAUAUACAUCGUCGGGAACUCAUCGGCCUCGAUCUCAGACGGAAGAACGCGGUCGGCGUGUCAUGGAAAUAUCUUGAUGGUCUUCUAAUCUUUUGGACCCUGCAGGAGGAUCGUUCAUCAUGGGCUCUCAUUACGCCACCCGUGAAUUGCUGGAAUACCUUCGCAUCGGAUAUCCCAUUUUGCUCCUUGUGGUGUUUAUUUCGUCGUUCAUCGCCAAUUCCAUCUUAACUGCCAGAAAUGUCAGUAAGAAUUCAUCGGCCGCGCGCAUGGGCCCCGGAGGGCGACCACUGCCCAAACGAUCAAGGAGCUCGGCAACCUUCGUCAAACCAGUUCAUCCCUUUUCGCGAAAUGCCAAACUCUUGUUUAAAUGGCUCUCGGUGGUAAUACUGGCGACGCUGGUUGCAGAUGCCGCCAUCAAUGUGACCCACGUGAUGCUUGCCAGGUCCGAGCAAUGGUGGUGUGGUCAAUCUGUAGUGAUCUAUAUUGUAGGGUCCUUCUUUGGCUACGCGAUCAUCUUAGUCUCGUUACUGGAUACAAACCCCUCUCCAACGUUUGCGCAAUUCAUUCCGUGGUCAAUUGCGGUUCCUAUUGAAAUGGCUAUCUUGGGCGUCUCCCUCUCGAUUCAUGCGGAUGUUCAUCACGAGCCCAUUGUAGGAAAUCCCGUGGGCGGCCGAUUGCGCAGGGGCAUGACGGCAUGGGAAUCGAUGGAGGCUGCAUCGAAUUGCGUCAGAAUACUGGUCCUUGCGAUCUUGGUUGCUACCUACUUGUUAAAAACGAUGAACGUCAAGACCAAUGUGCAGAAGCCUCGAGGGCACGCCGACGGUGCCACGGAAUCUACGGGAUUGCUCGACCCUGCGCACGCGGAGAACGGAAACGGAAACGGCUACGGCUCCCUCCCGAACAACCAUCAGCAACAGCCCUCAAAACCUGCCGCCGACCCUUGGGUUCGGCCCACAACCGUUCCUUCCACAAGCUGGUGGGAGUAUCUGAGCGGCUAUUCUCUAUUCUUCCCGUAUCUCUGGCCAUCCAAGUCCCGUCGUCUACAAGGGGUCGUGGUGGUCUGCUUCUUAUUGAUUAUCCUGCAGCGUGUCGUCAAUGUUCUAGUCCCCUACCAGGUUGAGGUCAUCACCAACGCAUUGUCCAGAGAUGGCGAUGAAUUUCGGGUCCCGUGGUUUGAGAUCUGUAUGUAUAUUCUCUACCGCUGGUUGCAGGGCAACCAGGGACUUAUUGGAUCGUUGCGCUCCAGCCUUUGGAUUCCUGUGAGCCAGUAUUCAUAUAUGGAACUGUCGACUGCGGCGUUCGAGCACGUGCACGGGCUCAGCCUCGAUUUCCAUCUGGGCAAGAAGACGGGCGAAGUCCUCUCCGCACUGAGUAAAGGUAGCUCCAUCAAUACGUUCCUGGAGCAAGUAACGUUCCAAGUCGUACCUAUGUUAAUCGACCUCUGCGUUGCCAUCGUAUACAUGCUCGUUGCCUUCGAUGCUUACUACGCGUUGGUUGUUACUAUCGUUACUUUUUGCUAUCUCUAUGUCACCGUGCGCAUGGCCCAAUGGCGAGCGGAAAUCCGCCGGCAGAUGGUGAACGCGUCCAGGCAAGAGGAUGCCGUGAAGAACGACUCAAUGGUGUCCUACGAGACCGUCAAGUACUUCAAUGCUGAAGAUUACGAGUUCGGUCGGUAUCGCGGUGCCGUGUCCGACUUCCAAAGAGCCGAAUACCAUGUCUUGUUCUCGUUGAAUCUCAUGAACACAUCGCAGAACACUGUUUUCAUGCUUGGUCUGCUUAUUGCAUGCUUCAUCGCCGCGUAUCAAGUCUCGCUUGGACAGCGAAAUGUUGGCCAGUUCGUUUCUCUUCUGACGUACAUGGCCCAGCUGCAGGGGCCGCUGAACUUUUUUGGUACUUUCUACCGCUCCAUUCAGUCCGCCCUGAUCAACUCCGAGCGUCUGUUGGAGUUGUUCAGGGAGCAGCCCACGGUUGUCGAUACGCCCGAAGCCGCGCCUUUGCCUAAAUGCAAAGGCGACAUCACGUUUGAGAAUGUGGAAUUUUCCUACGAUACCCGAAAGCCAGCCCUGAACGGGCUGACCUUCCACUGUGAGCCCGGAACGACGACUGCCCUGGUUGGUGAAUCUGGUGGUGGAAAGUCGACGGUGUUCCGACUGCUUUUCCGGUUCUAUAAUGCUGAAAACGGCCGCAUUCGAAUUGAUGAUUACGACGUCAAAGAUACCACGAUAGAUUCGAUCCGGAAGCACAUCGGCGUUGUCCCGCAGGAUACUGUACUUUUCAACGAGACAUUGAUGUACAAUCUGAAAUAUGCCAACCAAGACGUCUCGAACGAAGAUGUUUACGAUGCUUGCCGGGCUGCCAGCAUCCACGAUAAGAUCAUGUCAUUCCCCGACGGAUAUAACACCAAGGUGGGUGAGCGUGGUCUACGGCUCAGCGGAGGUGAAAAGCAACGAGUGGCCAUCGCCCGUACCAUCCUCAAGAACCCUCGCAUCAUUCUGUUGGAUGAAGCAACCGCCGCCCUGGACACGGAGACGGAGGAGCAUAUCCAAGGAGCGCUCUCUACGCUCUCUCGCGGUCGUACCAUGCUUGUCAUCGCUCAUCGACUGAGCACUAUCACUACUGCCGACCAGAUCCUGGUAUUGCAUGAGGGCAAGGUGGCUGAAAAGGGUACACACGACCAAUUGCUAGCUCUGAAAGGCCGGUACGCGAGCAUGUGGCGGAAGCAGAUCCGGGCACAGAGGGCCGCUGCAGAAGCGCAGGUGCUUCAAGACCGCGCGCAACGCUUGCGGAGUGCGUCCACCACCGGCACCAUGGGAGAUGACAGCUCAAGUCAAUCUGACGAGGACCGAAAUGGCAACAUCCAUGCUCGACAGUCUCACGGAUAUUCUUCCAGCAAGCUGGCGGAUGACAGUCGGAAGGGGUAAAAAAAAUACCACCUUCCUUCCAUUUCUUUUCCCCCCUACCUAGACAAGGUUGAUAAUAUCAUCCUGAUUCAUUUCCUUUUAUAAAGAAAGAGGACAACUUAGAAUGAGUGGGUGAGAUACCAUUCUCGGGUUUCUGUUUUUUGAACGAAUAUUCAGGGCCUUCAGUCCUUUUCUUUUUUACCUCUUGUUCUUUUUCUUUUCAUUUCAUUAUUUCCUUUCUAUACUAGUUUCUCUUCCAUACGGCGUUCUGAGUGAGUCACGACUGCACGACACUCAUUUGUUGUCGAUUCAUACGAAGCCUGGCGGCGAGGGGGCGCCAGGUUGAUCUGGUGGAUGCGUGAAUAAAGUUUUAGACCAUUGCGCCUGAUGUUGAUGACGGUCGUCUAUAGUAUACCUUAAUACAAACGUGAGUUUUCUGGGCUUCGACUAGAUAGGUUCAUACAACGUUAUUCAGUUAUUUCAGGGAGUGCAGGAACAGGAGGGGGAAAAACCCCCCCCGUAAUUAGUGGCUUUUUCUCU